GCAUCAACAGCCUGGCCGGCAAAGUCACUGGUGCGAUUGGCCAGGCCGCGGGCAGCGUGGCGGAUGCCGCAAGGCAGGCCGCCCGCAAUGAGCGGCGGCAACGAGCCAAGGAGAAGGGCAUGCGGCAGUUCGAACAUCGUUUCUUCCGUGCCUUCACCACGGGCCUCGGCCAAUCCCUUUUUGGUGAUCGCGAAGACCUCGUGUUUCGCUUCGAAGUGGCAGCUCUCAAUGUCUUGCAUACGUACCAG